GCGCCAUGCUCUUCGACUUUCUUUUCUUCGCGCUCUGCGGCCUCUAUGCGGCGAUUCAGCUGGCGCAGAAUCGUUCAAAGACUGCAGGAUCACCCACCACGUCUGACUUCAAGAAGUUCCAACGGUUAUAUCUGGUGGUCUACUUCUGCUCUGUUAUGGCUGAUUGGUUGCAAGGACCUUACGUUUAUGCGCUAUACGAUUACUACAAGUUCACCAAGAAGGAGGUUGAAUCAGAUGAGAUGAGCGUGUUAGCAUGUAAAUCUGAAGAACAGAUUGGAGUGCUCUUUAUCGUCGGGUUUGGUAGCAGUGCGGUGUUCGGCGUAUUCGCUGGAUCAUUCGCAGACAAAUAUGGGCGAAAACUUUCAUGUCUAGUAUACUGUGUGACUUACAUUGUAUCUUGUUUGACCAAGCACUCUCCCAACUUCAACGUCCUCUUGUUUGGACGAUUAACUGGUGGAAUUGCUACGUCAAUUCUCUUCUCGUCCUUCGAAUCUUGGAUGGUGGCGGAGCACGGAAAACAUUUCUAUCCUUCCGAGUGGUUGAGCCAGACUUUCUCCCUCGCGACGGUUGGGAAUGGGAUCGUUGCCAUCGCUGCUGGAUGGCUUGGAGCUCUUGUGAGGGAUUCUUUCGACAGGUCUGUUGCCUCCCUGCUCUUCUCGCCUCACAUCCCCAUUCCUCACAGUCUGGUCGCACCUUUCGACCUCGCCAUUGUCUUCCUCGCGCUGGCCAUGGCGGUCAUCUGGUUUACUUGGGCUGAAAACAAGGGAGAGUCUUCUCUCGCUUCUGGUCGCUACGACGACAAUGGGAAAGUUCAAGUCAUGCUUCGAAGGCGCGAUGUACAUCUUUGUGCGUGUUUGCACGAAUUGAUAGAGGGCAAGCAAGACAUUGACUUGAGCUGUUACAAGGUGUUCAUGUGGACGCCGAAGCUUGAACCUCUCUUCAAGCCUCUGCCACACGGCCAGGUGUUCGGCUGCUUCAUGGCUUGCAUGGUCAUCGGCUCGAGCCUCGUCAAGAGCAUCACAACCCUGCGGGGACCUCCUGUGGUCUUCAUGCGCGAAGUCUUCCUGCUCGCUGCUGUAUGCCUGGGGGUGCCGGCGAUGGCUGGAAUCAACGCAUACAUCACUCUCUUCUGCUUCUUCCUCUUCGAGUUGAUCUGUGGAGUCUACUGGCCGAGCAUGGCGACAAUCAAGUCCAAAUAUGUUCCUGAAGAGGUCCGCGCAACUGUCUACAACUUUUUCCGCAUUCCUCUCAACCUCAUCGUCAUCUUCGUCCUCUCUAACUUAGGAACCGUUUCAGAUGAUUCUGUCUUCCUCGUUUGCGCGUUUCUGCUCGGAGCCGCCGGAUUUCUCCAGCACAUCUUCGCCUCCAUGGUGCGCGAGCGCUCUGAAGGCAGUGUGGAGACUAAGAGCGAGAACGAGGCCAUGAUGAAGGACAUGAAACAGGAGAGCGAAGACGCGUCGGCAGCUUGAGCAGUGAGACUCUGAGGGUGAA